CAGGUUGAAUCUGAUUCUAAAGGAAUUUAAAUUGUUGGCUUAUUGAUAUUGGCAACGAGCAGCGAUGGCACGCGAUGAAGACAAUGGAUUUGCUGACUGGGGCGGCUACUUUGAAGCAAAAAAAGCAAAGCUUGAGGAGCAAUUCACGGCAGCCAGCGCUCCAUUUCGCAAGUCUAAUCUUUUUAAUGGCAUUUCAAUAUUUGUAAAUGGGAAAGUCAGUCCAUCAGCUGAUGAGCUCAAGCGCAUUAUGAUGGUAUAUGGUGGGACAUUUCAUCACUAUAAAAAAUCGGAGACGAGUUUUGUCAUAGCGUCUAAUUUACCGGAUGUUAAAGUUCGUGAAAUGGACACCAACCGAAUAAUAAGGGCCCAAUGGGUCGUCGAUUGUGUUGAACAGAUGCGCAUUUUGGACUAUAAGCCGUACCUGUUGUAUACCAAUCAGAAAACAACACAACCGUGCCUAAAUUUUUUCAAAGGGAUGAACAAUGAUUCCAAUGUGUCGGAGGAAGCGGGAUCAUUGGAGAAUACACUUGGUGGCAAACUCAAAGAGCUACAGCAGGUUGUGUCUGUCACUUCGCCAGACAAAAAAUCAAUUACGAAUGCAAAUGUGUCCACUACAACAAAUACUACCAGCAACAGUGCUCGUACUGCCGUCGAUCCGGCAUUCCUGGGCGAGUUCUAUAAAAACUCGCGUUUGCAUCAUAUUGCGACGCUUGGCUCCGGUUUCAAGCAAUAUAUCUGCGAACUGCGACAGGCCCAUGGCAACAAACCGUUCGCUAAACGGGACGAACUGCGUAAACAACUAAGUGAAAAUCAGCAAAUCAUUCCUCAACCGAAAACACCCAAGCGUUAUGUGAUGCACAUUGAUAUGGAUUGUUUUUUCGUGUCUGUGGGAUUGCGCAAACAUCCAGAGCUGCGAGGCAAGCCGAUCGCUGUAACACACUCCAAAGGCGGCAGUGCAGCUACAGAUGUACCUGUUCAUCCUCAAGCAGAUCGCAAGGUGGAACAGGAUCUGUUUGCCCAACGUUUCGAGCAUCGGCAGCACGACAGCGUUCGUGCGGACAAGGUGCGCUAUGGCUUUGAUAAGAAGAUGUCGCUAUCGGAAAUCGCAUCCUGCAGCUACGAGGCGCGCGAAAAGGGCAUCAAGAAUGGCAUGUUUGUUGGUCAGGCACUCAAGCUGUGCCCCGACCUGAAAACCAUUCCCUACGACUUUGAGGGCUAUCGUGAGGUCGCCUUCGCCCUGUAUAAUACUGUAGCCCAGUACACGCUGAACAUCGAAGCUGUUAGCUGUGAUGAAAUGUUUGUUGACCUCACAGACUUGCUGCAGGAACUGCAAGUCGAUGUUAUGACUUUUGUUACAUAUCUACGCGAGGAAGUGCGCAAAAUAACUGGCUGCCCUUGCUCUGCGGGCGUGGGCGAGAAUAAACUUUUAGCUCGCAUGGCUACCAAGUUGGCCAAGCCGAAUGGAGAGCAUCUGCUAGAUCCUGAUGAUGCUGCCGAGUAUAUGGCCAGCUUUGUACUGGACACUUUGCCCGGUGUGGGUAACAGCAUGACCUACAAACUCAAUCAGGCGGGCUUUAAGACUUGCGGCGAUGUUCAAUUGAGUUCACUGGCGCGUCUAGAAAUGCUGCUGGGCAAAAAGAUGGCACUAACAUUGCACCAGAACUGUCACGGCAUUGAUCAUCGUCCCUUAGUCUACGAACAACAACGCAAGUCUGUGUCGGCUGAGGUCAACUAUGGCAUACGUUUUACCAAGUUCGAGGAGCUAGAGAAAUUUUUGCAACAGCUAAGCGUCGAGGUGCACAAUCGUUUGAUGGAGAUCAAGCGUAAAGCUAAAUCGAUUACGUUGAAGCUGAUGGUGCGCGCUGCCGAGGCGCCUGUUGAAACAUCCAAGUUUAUGGGACAUGGCGUCUGCGAUAAUCAGACAAAAUCUUAUCUGCUCAAGGAAAGCACUAACGAUGUAGAUGUUAUUACCUUCCACGUGCUAAAGCUUAUGAAGGAGUCCGGCAUUCCACCACAAGAACUGCGUGGAAUUGGCAUUCAUUUAAACAGACUGGAGGAUGCUACCGAAAUAAAAAAGGAGAAUGUCAUCAAGAACAUGUUUUCUAAGUUAUCUGAAAAGAAACAGGAAAAAUUGCCUAACGUAUCAGAAUCAAGUACGGCUCCAGUGGUGAAUAAAGAGAAGCCGAUCGGUGUGAAUGUUCUCAACAUGUUAAAGAAUGCUGCAACAAACAAGAACUCAAAUGAUUCUAUCGAAUUACCAAAAACUCGUAAUGAAAGCGUAAAAAUUGUGCAAAAAAAUGCAGAAACACGUAAGCAGACAGUAGAUAAAAAACCAAAGCCACCCGAAGUAAAUGUCUUAAGCAUGCUGAAGAGUGCCGCUACAUCGAAGAAGUCAACGGGCUUUCAGACCGUUCCUAUAGGAGAGUCAAUAAUAUCCAAUGGUGGUGCUGUGCCAGCAGUUUCGCAGUUCGAUGCAGAUGUUCUGGCUCAGCUGCCGGAAGAGAUACGGCGUGACAUACUCUGUUAUCCGGAGGAAUAUUUGCGUAUGUCCACGGGAGAGAUGCGUGACGCAAAGGGCGACCAAAUCGACAAGCAUAAGCAACGGACCAAUAAGAAAAGGAAAUCACGCUCACACUCGAGCUCACGCACACCAUCGCCUCCACCGUGGCCGUCCUCGAUGCGUACUGCACGCUCCAAUGCAAGUUUAUUAAAUGAAAGCGAUUUAAGGCCUUCAACUUCAAGUGCGGCGCUGGCCAAGCAGAAGGCGCGCGCUUGUCGUGCUGACCAAAUUGUGGCUGAUUACGUACAGGAGCUGCCGCAGCAUAUGCAUCCCGCCAUCAUGCAGUUCCUUGCAUCCAAUAAUACACUACUGAAAGCUCCACCCACCCCGCCUGCUACUGCAAAAGCGGAAUCUGCGAACGAGUUGAAUGUAUUUUUACAUCCCGAUUAUAAAAGUAUGCUAGCCACCUGGGUGUCUUCGGAGGAGGUGCCCAAAUCUGCUGAUGUUGACCUUAUGUACAUCAACAUUAGUUCUCUGGUGGAAGAGAGCCAAAUGGAGAAAGUUUACGAGGUUAUGAAGUACUUGUGCCGUCUCAUUAAGGCCAAACGCGCCAGCAGCUGUGAAUGGCACAUGGCUUACAAUGAGAUCGAGUCGAACGUCCAGGAGAAAGUGCACGAGUCGAUGGAUUGUCACAUCUACUUCACAGAGGCAAUCGAUUGCUACAAGUGUGCCUAAGUGGGGAAUGACCCAAAGUACAAAUGUUCCUUAGCUGUGGUAUUGAGUGCGCCACUUAAGUUAAAUAAUCGACUUGUUAACAAAGUAUUAUUGAUGUUUUUA